AUGCAGAUCCUAAUAUUUGUUGUGGGAUUGAGUGCUAUUCUUGACAACUCAGCUACUGAGAAGGUAUCACCACGGCCCAGCCUUAAAUCUUUCAGGGACGACUAUGACAGUAUAGCCAAAACAUGCGUGGCUGUUGGAUAUGUCAAGGAUAAUUGCAAAAAUAAGCCAGAGAAUAGAAACACUGUUAUUGCAUUCAAUGCUAAAGCCAACGGAAGUGUCCAGGCAGUAAGUACUGGGAACAUCGUCAUGUUUGGAGACGUUUAUCUGAAUAUUGGAGGAGGUUUUAACGCAGUUAAAGGGGUUUUCACCGCCCCGGGUGUGUACAUCUUUGACUGGACAAUAUUGAAGGUGUACAGUAAAUCCGCUUACACCGCUCUUUAUCUAAAUGGUCAAAUUAAGAUGUACAACAAUUGUCAUGAUAAUAAUCAUGGUAUCCAUAUGUUGUGCAGUAAAAUGGUUGUUGUAAGAAUGGAAAAAGGAGACAAGGCCUCGAUUAAAUGUUUUUCUGGAACAGCGUCUGUAAACCACGUAUAUUCUUCUUUCUCUGGAUUGAUGUUGUAA